AUGACGACUGUUCAUCAACUCUCUCGUUUCAUGGAAACAAAAACAAAAGUGACUCAGAUUAAUUUGGAGGAUUUUUCUGUUGUAUGGCUCGACACUAAUCUGCUCAUCACAAACGAUUGCAAAGAAAUGGCGAACAAUCUGCGUCAAAUCAUAAACUAUUUAAAACUAUUCGACAAUACCGAUGACUGUUUAAACUAUAUAUCAUCAUUAACCAAUGAAAAAGUAUUUUUAAUUACAUCUGGUUCACUAGGACAAGGCAUUAUGCCAUUAAUUGAUGGGAUUCCACAAAUCUUAUCCGUUUAUAUUUAUUGUACAAUAGCACGGCGUCAUAGACAAUGGUUUGAUACAUAUUCAGGAAGAAAGUUGCAUGGAUUGUAUACUGAUAUGAAUUUGCUAUUAUUCGAACUUAAAAAAGAGGUUGCACUACAAUCGAAAAAUUUAUUCGCCAUAAGUGUAUUCAAUCAAAAUAUAUCCAAUGUUUUCAAAGAAAAAUCAAUACAAGAUUUAGGUCAUCAUAAUGGCACAUUCAUUUGGUUUCAAAUAUUAAUUGAAACAUUACUACGUAUGCGACAAACGAAUGAUGCAAAGGUUGAUAUGUUGACAGAAUGUCGAUUGCUAUACGAUGGAAACAAUAUUGAGCAAGACAAGAUUUAUGAUUUUAAACAUAAUUAUCAGCCAUCUGAUGCUAUACGUUGGUAUACGCGUGAUUCAUUUGCAUAUCGUUUAUUGAAUAAAGCGCUCCGAACAGAAAAUAUCGAUAUAAUUUUUUUAUUUCGAUUUAUGAUUAAAGAUCUUCACCAACAGUUACGACAAUUACAUGAAAUGCAAAUGAACGGCAAUUCGUUUACUGUCUAUCGUGGACAACAAAUGUCGAAUGACGAAUUCCAAACGAUUCGAAAUUGUCAAAAUGGCCGAAUAGCUACUAAUACAUAUUUAUCGACAACAUUCGACAAAGAUGUUGCAGUGAUUUAUGCUGGUGAUGGCUCUGCCAGGCCAGAGAUUGAGUCUAUUUUAUUUGAAAUUACAGUCGAUAAUAAAUCUUUACUUUCAUUAACACCCUACGCAAAUAUUGGUAGCUUAAGUUAUUAUCAAGAUGAAAGUGAAGUGCUUUUUUCGAUCGGUACAGUAUUUUGUAUUGUUUCAAUAACGGAAGAUACUAAUGGUAUAUGGCACGUUAAAUUAAAUUUAAGUACAGACGAAGACAAAGAAAUAAGAAAAGUUGUUGAUUAUUUUCGAAGAAAAAUGUUGAAAAAAACUACAUUAAGAGAUCUAGGAGAUUAUUUAAAAGACAUGGGCCAAUAUGAUAAAGCGAUUAGUUAUUAUAGAGUUGUUCUAGAACGAUUUACUAUAAAUGAUGAAAACGAAGAUAUUCUAUAUAAGAACAUUGCUAAAUGUUUCGAAGAAAAAGGAGAUUUGGAUGAAGCAUUAAAAAAUUAUUUAUUGGCAUUAGAAGUUCAAAUGAUAGAAUACACAGCAUGGUAUACAGAAACUGGUAAGACAUAUUAUUUUAUUGCAGGUAUCUAUGAAAAGAAAGGUAUUAAAACUCUUGCUAUGAAAUAUAUGGAUAAAGCAUUCGAUUAUCUCACUUCACUUGAAAAACAACAAUCGACACAUAAAUCAUGGGAUUCUCAUUUAGUAGAAACUUGUAAUUAUAUCGGUUUGAUUCAUGCAAAGAGAGGCAACCACCAAGAAGCAUUGGCAUACUUUGAAAAAGCAUCGAAUAAACUUUUAGAGCUUCCCCCAAACGAUGACAAUAUGUUAGACCUCGCAUCGACAUACGCACAUAUAGGAGCUGUAUGGUCAGCACUAGGUAAUGGUGAUAGUGCACUCAAAUAUUACCAAGAAAGUUAUCAACUUAAACAGAAAAUACUGCCUUCAAGUCAUCCGUCUUUGGGCACCAGCUUCAAUAAUAUGGGUGUCGUUUGUUCUCAACAUGGGAACUAUGAAGAUGCAUUGAAUUAUUACAGAAAAAGUAUUGAAUUAAGGCAGAAAUCAUUGCCAAUCGCUCAUAUUUCCAUUGCUGCAUGCUAUGCAAAUAUGGCCAAUCUAUAUUCGAAACAGAACGAUUUUACGGAGGCAAUAAAUCAUUACGAGAAAGCUCUCGAUAUUAGACAAUCGUGCUUAUCUCAAGAUAGUCAAUUAAUCACAAAAUCCUACAUAGACAUUGCUUAUAACUAUGAUAAAAAAUGUGAUUAUGAUAAAUCACUUGAGAUUUAUCGAACAGCACUCUCAAUAGCAAUGGAUCAUAAGGUAAAAGAUCAUGUUCAAAUUUCAUCGAUCUAUAAUCGUAUGGGGCUUGUUUAUCAAAAGCAAGGCAAAAUGACUGACUGUUUCGAGUAUCAUAGAAACGCAUUACAAACGUACCUCGGCAACAUACGAGAAAAUCACCAAUGUCCACAGUAUUUAGUGGUUCUAUAUGGAAAUGUGAGUUGUGCGCAGAUGGAAUUGAAAUUGUAUACCGACGCAUUGGAGAAUUAUCAGAAAGCAUUAACCAUUAGAUUAAAAAAUACUCCUGAUGAUCAUUUAUCAAUAGCUAAACUAUACCAUUCUCUUGGCAAUGUCUAUCACGCGAUUACUAACUACAAACUUGCUUUGCACUAUUAUUCACAAUCAUUUCAAAUACAACAUGAACGAUUGCCAUCGAAUCAUACUCUAUUAGAAACACUGGCCAAUAAGAUAUAUAAGCUUUGUGUUGAAGAAACUGCUCUGAGUAAAUUUGAUCAGUUAGAUUUAAUGAACAAAGUGUAUGAACUGCUAUCAAAAUUAUGGCGGCCAGGUAAUUCCAAAAUGAUUGAGCUACGGAAUGAUAUUGAACAGCUGGAAGAUAAAUUAGAUAUUCUCACUAUUUAUUGGAACAAUUCUGCAUCCUCUGGUCCAACUGUCAUCUUAAAAAAGGCUGGAGCAAUUCCUGCGCCAUUAAAUGAAUUAUUACAAUCUCCAAAUUUUGAAGGCAUUACAUUAAUUUGGUAUGAUCCACAUUUGAAUACAACUGAAGAUACCAAACAAACAGCAAAAGAAUUGAGAGAAAUAAAUAAUUAUGUGAUAUUUCAUUCAGAUCAACUUGAAUGUAUUGAUUUUAUAAAAUCAAUUAAAGAUGAAAAGAUACUUCUUGUUACGUCUGGAAAAGCUGCUUCGACCCUUUUGCCAGAAAUCAUUGAAUUAAAACAAGUUGAUUCAAUCUUUAUUUUCUGUUGGAAAAUUGAAAAAUAUCAAGAUUUAUUACAAAGAUAUGAAUCACUAGUUGGUAUCUAUACUGACCGUUCAAUUUUGAUUAAUGCUAUCAAAGAAAAUGUCGAUUUAUUACAGAAACAAUUAAAUGCCUUUAGUUUCUACAAUGAACACGAAGAAAAAGCGAUACGUGAUUUAUCUCAAGAAUCUGCCGAAUUUAUCUGGUUUCAAUUAUUUAAAGAUGUUAUUCUACGAAUGCCAACCAAUAGCAAUGCCAAAGAACAAUUAAUACAAUUUUGUCGUGAAUAUUAUCGUGGAAAUCAAAAAGAAUAUAAUAAUAUCGAUGAAUUUGAACGUUCAUAUAAAAAAGAAAAAUGUAUUUUUUGGUACACGCGUGAAACACUUUUGUACAAACUUGUCAAUAAAGCUCUACGUACAGAAGAUAUGGCACAAUUACAUAUGUUUCGAUUCUUCAUUGCUGAUUUAUCGUUACAUUUAGCGACAUUACAUAAGAAAAAUCGAGAAAAAAACAAUGUCGUGAUGUUUUAUCGUGGUUUAAAAAUGGAAAAUGAAGAAUUAAAUCGAUUUAAGACAAGCUAA